AUGGAGACACCAGGGUCAUCAUCGACACCUGAGCAAAAUUUAUUAAUUGAAGAAAUUAGUGAUACUAGUAGUACAUCUAGUAUUUGUGAAUUAACUACUUCUCAACAACAUCCAUUCAAUAUUAAUCAUUCAAACCCGUCAAUACCAACACAAUUCAUAACCUCAUCAUCAUCGCUUGAUAGCAUACCACAUACACCACCACCACCACCACCACCAUCAUCAACCACCACAACUACAUCACUUAAUACAUUAGGAGCACCAACAACAACAACAGCACCCGCAACAACAGUAGUACCACCAACAACAGUAGUACCACCACCAACAACAACAACAGCACCUGUAACAACAACAAAUAAUAUAUCAUCAUCAAAAAUGAGUGAACCUUUAGCAGCGGCAAUAGUAUCAGCAAAUGGUAUAGUUACAACAAAUAAUAAUAAUGCGAUAAUUACAUUUCAAAGACCAAUAAUUAAACCAAAUUCAAUAACGAAUAGUAAAUCAAAUAGUAGUGGUAGUUUAAAAGAUGGUGUUUUAAAUAAUAAUAAUAAUAAUAAUACAAUUGGUGGUAUAUUUUCAAAAGAUGAUAGAAAACCAGAACCAACCAAACUGGAGAAAAUGAUAACAUCAGUAAAAGCGGAUAAUAUGGUAUUUUUAGCGGGUAUUUUAAAGACGAAACCAGUGAUACCCUUGACUGUAUUACUCUCAAAAAGGGACACACUUCUUCAUGUUGCAUGUAGAUCGAAAAGAAUGGUAUCAGUUAUUUUUUUAUUAGAGAAAACUAAAGGUAAUUUAGUGAAUAGUCAAAAUGAUAAAUUGAAAACACCAUUUUUCAUUUGUUGUGAAAAUGGUUUCUAUAAAGCAGCAACCUUACUAUUGGAUCAAGGUGCGUCACCACUUUUAUCAAAUUAUCAAAAAUGGACACCACUUCAUAAACUUUGUUCAUUAGAUUUACCAAAAGAAUUAUAUAAUUCAACAACUGAUAGCUUAAUUGGAUAUUCACCUGAAAAUCAUUUAGAUUUAGUUCAAAAAAUAUUUACAUCAUUAGAACGUUUAAAAAAUAAUCCAACUCAAAUAAUUGCUUCAAGAACAAUCCAAAAUCAAACACCAUUACAUUUAUCAUUAAUUAGUAGAAAUAAUACAUUAUCAAAAUAUUUAUUAACACAUUCAACAGUUGAAUCAUUGAGAGUGAAAGAUGAUAAUGGUAAUACUGUUUUACAUAUUUUAGCAUAUAAAUAUAAUUCAAAGACGUCACAAUCAAUUGGUGAGAAUAUAUUAAGAAUACUUAGUGAUGGUCUAAGUGGCGAACAAUUACAAGAUUAUAUUGAUGAUGUUAAUAAUUCAAUGGCAUCAGCAUUACAGAUUGCAAUGAAAGAUGGUCAUACUACAUUAAGUAAAUUAAUUGUAAAAUAUAGAGCACAAGCGGAAUCAAAAGUAUUGGAAUCCUUUUUCACACAAUUGGAAUCUUUUGAUCCAUUAGAGAUUACAACUAGGACACCAUUAGAUUCAAUUAUAUAUAACGAUGAUUUCAGACAAAAUAAUCCAUUUGGUAAAUUAAUAACUCGUAUCAUUAUAAUAAUUAAACAACAUUAUACAAUCAAUAUGUCUCAUCAAAAUGUAAAUAUACUUUUAAAACGUGCAAAAGAUACUUUAUCAAGAUUAUUCAAUUGGUUAGAUACUAAAAUUGAUGAUCAUCAAUUCAUUAUAAAAUUUAAAGAUUUAAUUUUUAAUCAAAUUUAUGAUACAAUAAUUCAUUUAUAUCAAGAAACUAAUAAAUCAAAAGAUUUAUUAUUUCAACAAAGAGUUAAUAUGUUUAAAGAUGUAGAAUAUAAUGAAUUAGAUAUUUCAGAGAGUAGUUGGGAAAAGAAUGUUGAUUUAUUACCAAAAGCAUUUGAAAUAUUAAGUUCAUUACAAAAUAAAAAAACACCAACUGAAAAGAUUGAAACAUUGAAUGAAGCAACAAUGCAAAUUAGUAGAACUGAUGCAAAUGAUUUAACACCAAUGUUUAUGUACCUUUUAAUUAAAUCACAAAUUGAGGGUAUUCAAUCACAAUUUCAAUUUAUGAAUGAUUUUAAAGAGACACCAGAACAAGAACAAUAUUUAGUACUAUUACAAGGUUCAUUGGAUUAUUUGGAUACUUUGAAUGUAACAUUAAGAAAUUCUCAAAAUCAAAUUAUGUCACUCAGUGGUAUCGUUGAGAGAACCAUUGACAAUUUGUUAUCCCUAUUGGACGAGUUUCAAAAUCAGCCAAAUUACAAUGGCGCCGACCAAAUCGUUGAUGAUAUAGAUGAAGGUAUUCAAAUCGCUGAUGAAAUCAUUCUAUUGAUUAUGAUGCUUUCAAAAUUAUCAAAUAGGGUCAAUAACGAUCCCAUAUUCCUUCAAUUGAAAUGGUGUAAACCUGUCAUGCAAGCUUAUCAUUUUAAAGCGGUAAUUGAAAGAUUAGGUUUACGUUUAGAAUCUGAUGAAUCACUUUUAAUUAAAACUCAUAAUUCAAAUUUAAUUUUAAAUAAUAAUAGUCCAUUACCAAAUAAAAUAUUUAAUCCAUCAUCAUCGUCAAUGUCAACAACUUCAACUACAACUCAAACUAAUUCCGCUCCAAAUUCAAUUUUAACUUCUCCAAUCUCUUUAUCAAAACAACCUUCCUUUAAAGAAUUAUCAAAUUCAUUACCAUUAAUAAAUAGUAUAAGUAAUAAUGAUACUCAAACUUGUAAUAUAAUAAAUAAUAAUAAUAAUAAUCCAAAUAAUAAUAAUAAUAAUAAUAUUAAUAAUGGUAGUAAUAGUACACCACUAUCUUCACCAAGUAAAAAUAAUGUAGUUUGUACAACAACUACUACUUUAAUAACAACAUUAACUACAACUUUAACAACUUUAGAUGGUAAAACUAUAAAUAUUAAUAAUUUACCAGCUGGUUAUAUUUGUAAUAGAAAAGGUGAAAUUUGUGUAUUAUUAGAACAUCCAUACCCACAGAUGGUAUAUCAAAUAAUAGAGGAGAAAAUCAGAGAAGUUAUAUUACCAAAAUUAAAAAAAUAA